AGACUACUUCGUUAUUUGAGCCUGUACUGUUCGGUGGUACUUUGCUAGUAUCCGAUUAGACUGGUAGUUGAUUCAAUAUUUCCAGAAUGCAUUUUAUUGUGAGUUUAGUGGGUUUUUCUUUAGUGGUUGCCAUCACCGGUAUUACCAUCAAUGCGGGUUACGAUAACUACAAUGCCCCAUACAAUACUUAUUUAGUAGCGGAGCCAGCGCAUAAAAGAGAAGAUAAAAAGGAUAAGCAAGACUUUUCAAAAAUUCCUGGCAUUCCCGGACAUGAUUACCCCAUUUACCAUACCGUACCCGAGACCAGCUUUUCAUGUAAACAUGUUCCUGCCUUACCAGGAAUGUACGCAAAUGUUGAAACUGGAUGUCAGGCUUAUCAUGUAUGCUAUGAUGGGAGAGAAGGGGAACAAGGUUCCAAAUUUUUGUGCACCAAUGGAACCCUAUUUAGUCAAAAAGAAUUUACUUGUGAUUGGUGGUACAACGUGGACUGCAAGGAAGCGCUAGGCUUAUAUAGUUUGAAUCUGGAUCCCAAGAAAAAUCCAUACUUUCAAAAACCAAAAGACGGUGUGAAGCAUGAGCUGGCAGACGCAGACGUAGAGCAAUACAUAAAAAUUCUCAUUUAAUUUAUUUGUGUUUCAUUUUUAAUAAAUUUGUACUUUUUUUAUUCGUCCAUGUUUUUGUAAAACUCAACUGGAAGCGCAGAGCCAGAAAGGAAAAUUAUAAGAGUCACAAAAACUUUUUUACCUGAAGGAUCAAGUGUUUUUCAAUCAAUACUAACCAAUGGUUUUUUUCGCGUUCAUUGUUCAAUACAAUUUCGAGACUUUUCUAUGUUUUUCAAAGUGAAACAAAUAUUGAUCGUGAGAUUUCACCCAUUUAAAAGUGACCCCAACAGCACAAUUGGACAACUUUGCAAGUUAUAUAU